UUGGAAUGAGGGUGUAGAAGUGGAAGGAGACAGGAGCCGAGCGCACGGCGGCUGUGCCAUUUGGUCCCCGCGGGAGGGCAAGAAGGGGACCGAAACUUCACGCAGGAAUGUCGUGCUCCGGGAUGAACUGAGCAACAAAGGAGUGUUUGCCUGCGUGAUGGAGGGAGGGACGUCUGUGCUCCCCAACAUGGAAGAUUCUUGUCACCUCCCUCUGGAAAAGCAUCCAAGCCCAGCGAAUGGGAACGCAGAACAAUUUCAUUCAGAUGAAAGCUCCAACUGCGAGGAGGCUGAUUUCAACUGGGAUGAAUACCUGGAAGAGUCUGAAUCCACGGCGGCUCCACACUCUUUAUUUAAGCACGUGGAAAUCAGCCUUCAGAGCAGUUUGCAGCCCGGUAUGAAGCUCGAGGUGGCCAACAAGCACAGCGCGGACACGUACUGGGUGGCGACCACCAUCACCACGUGUGGCCAGCUGCUGCUGCUGCGCUACUGUGGCUAUGAAGAAGACCGCCGGGCUGACUUCUGGUGCGAUGUGAUGACCGCCGACCUCCACCCCGUGGGCUGGUGCACUCAGAACGGGAAAGUGCUGAUGCCCCCCGACGCUAUCAAAGAGAAAUACUCGGACUGGACGGAGUUUCUCAUACGUGAUUUGACGGGCUCACGAACAGCGCCUGCAAAUUUACUAGAAGGUCCUCUGCGAGGGAAAAAUGCUGUAGACCUCAUUACGGUUGAUUCCUUAAUAGAACUGCAGGAUGGCCAGAAUCCCUUUCAGUUCUGGAUAGUUAGCGUGGUUGAGAAUGUCGGCGGAAGAUUGCGCCUUCGCUAUGCGGGGUUGGACGAAACAGACUCCUAUGACCAGUGGCUGUUUUACUUGGACUGUAGACUUCGACCAGUUGGCUGGUGUCAAGAGAAUAAAUACCGGCUGGACCCACCUGCAGAAAUCUCUUCUCUGAAGACCGCGUCUGAAUGGCGGAUGGCCCUGGACACAGCUCUGACCGAGGCAGGAAAAGGUUCCCUUCCCAUGGAAGUGUUUAAGGAUCACGCUGACUUGAGGAACCACUCGUUUACAGUGGGAAUGAAGUUGGAAGUGGUGGAUAAACAAGAACCAGGCACAAUUUGCCCUGCCACUAUAACUAAGGUUUUCAACAACCAUUUCGUGCAAGUCAGUCUUGACGAUCUCCGUCCUGAAGCAAGCGAAACAUUGAUGCUUUGCCACGCCGAUUCCCUGGGGAUCAUGCCAGUGCAGUGGUGCCUUAAAAAUGGAGUUCAUCUCACCCCUCCCAAAGGUUAUUCUAAUCCAGAUUUUGACUGGGCAGAUUACCAGAAGCAAUGUGGAGCAGAGGCAGCUCCUGAGGGCUGCUUCAGAAACGAAUCCUGUAGUCGAGCUUUUAUGAAAAACAUGAUGCUUGAAGCAGUGAACCCCCGGAAUCCGGCCGAGAUCUGCGUGGCGUCCGUCACUUCCGUAAAAGACAGACUAAUGUGGCUCUGUUUUGAAGGUCUACCCCAUGGGCCGGCUUCUGAAUAUAUAGUCGAUGUGGAAUCGAUGGACAUAUUUCCAGUGGGCUGGUGUGAAGCAAAUGGUUACAAGCUCUUGGCACCACAUAAAACCACCGUGCAAAGGAAGAGAAAGAUUGCAGUAGUCCAACCGGAAAAGCAGUUACCAGCUGGAGUGCCUGUUGAGAAAAUUCAGGACCCUCAUGGCAUUCCCCAGAUGGACACAACAGGAACCAUCAACGGGAGAUACAACUGCCCUGCGCUCUUCAUCAACCAUCGCUGUUUCUCGGGCCCUCAUCUUAACAAAGGCAGAUUGGCAGAACUGCCGCAGUCUGUUGGGCCAGGCAAGUGUGUCCUGGUCCUUAAAGAGGUCCUUCGCAUGGUGGUCAACUCUGCCUACAAACCCGGAAGCAUUUUGCGAGAGUUGCAGCUUGUCGAUGACCCCCGAUGGAACUUUCAGGAAGAGAAUCUCAAAGCAAAAUACCGAGGGAAAACUUACAGGGCAACGGUCAAGAUAGUCCGUACAUCUGACCAAGUCCCCGAUUUCUGCCGGAGGGUGUGCGCGAAGUUGGAAUGUUGCCCCAAUUUAUUCAGCCCUGUUCCGGUCACUGAACACUGCCCUGAAAACUGUUCCAGUCACACCAAAACGAAAUACGCAUACUAUUAUGGAAAAAGGAGGAAAGUCAUUAAACCUCCCCCCAGUGAAAAAAGCACUUACAACCUGGAGAGCAGACACAACACGCCAUCUGAUUGCAGGAAGAUGCGGAAACCCGUUUUAACACCAAAGAAAAGGUGUCCGUCGGCAACAGAUCUGAAUCAAGCAGGAUCGGCAGAGGAGAGUGACGAGGAAGAACCGGACACCGCGUACGAGGAGUCGUGGAGUGAGGAGGCCAGCCCAGAAUUGCAAGAUGACCUGACGGAUGUCUCAUCAGGGGAGAUUCCUCUGGCCAUCCCAAUGACUACUAUGAAGUUACGCAGCAGCAGAAGUUCAGUCUGUGUUGCUCAGCCCGAGAGGGAAAGGCGAGCCCAGAAGGCACUCUCUCUCCUGAGGGCCAAAAGUGAGAGAAGCAAGCAACAGAUCAAGCAGGCUGUGGAAGAGAAACUCAUCCUAGACAGCAACCCGUUGGAAUGGACAGUGACCGAUGUGGUGCAAUUCAUCCGGCUGACCGACUGCGCUCCCCUGGCCAAAAUAUUUCAGGAACAGGAUAUUGACGGUCAAGCUCUUCUCCUGCUGACGCUUCCAACUGUCCAGGAAUGCAUGGAACUGAAACUUGGGCCAGCCAUCAAACUAUGCCACCAGAUUGAACGGGUGAAGCUGGCUUUUUACGCGCAGUACGCCAACUGACGUCACAUUUUCUUCUCCACUUUCUUCGUUUUUAAGGCCCUGCCCGCAUUUCCUAUUUCUGAACUCUUGGUAUUUGGAAACACGGAGCAUAUGCCAAUGCCUAGAUGUGUCCACAAAAUAAACCAAAGUAAGAUCUUGAGCUGAAGUCAGAAAUCUUCGAAGGUGCUGAGCACCACAGCAGGAUCGAGAAGUGAUGCAGGCACACAACCAGCUCUUGAUAAAAUAAAAGUUUAAAAUUUCCACCCAAAUCUUGCAAGAUCAACUCUUGCCUGUCGUCAUCCGUGAUCCCACCCAGAAAAGCCAACGCUGGCAUUUUCAUUCCACGUGUCCUGAAAUAUUGCCUUCUUCACCCAAGUGUUCAUCAGACGUCACUGGAAUCCUGCCAGAUUUGGCCAUUGUGAAGUUUCUGCCUUUAAAAAAUUGGGGAAGGGGGGAAUGCCGUGCGGGCGUAUUGAAGAGGCCCCACCGUUCACAGCUGCCUUGUGAAUCGUGAGCUUCUCUCUGUGUGUGAGUUACAACGUUAUAACAGUUACAAAGAGACAGCAGUGCAAGAAAAGUACAACAGUUAUGAUGAGAGAACCUGGCUAGAUUUUGUAGGGAGAUUUCUGCAAUGAGGCUCAAGUUGACAUGUAGGGGAAGGAUGAAGCCAAGAUUGGAGAGAAGAUGGCUUGAAAUGAGCUGAUGUUUGUUUCGUGCGCAUUGUAGGUCCCCCCCCCCCCACAUUUAGAGGUGUAGAAAUAACAUUUAGGAAUGGCCAUAAUGGGAGGGAGGUGAAGUGGGACUCACUCCUCUAGAUGAUCCAUCAAGGAAGGCAAAAAGGUGGUCACUGCCCUGAUUUUCCUUUGCCACUCCCCUCUUACGUCUCCAGAGCUCCAGAGCUCCCUUGAUUCACAUUGUGUGCCGCUGAUUAUUUACACAUCUGUUGCCUCCAACCGCUGGACUCUGAUCUCUCCUGGAGCUCUUUAGCGCUUCAGAUCCAGUCUUCCGAAAUGGCUUCAGAGCGUGUGGGCGUGGAAAAGGAGCAACUGUGCACAACACCUUUGCUGCUGACAGGUGCUGCCUUCCCGCUCUUGCACACUCAAGCCCUGUUUGGAGACCGAAUCCAAAGCACGCUCAGAUUUAAUCUCUCCAGAUCCAAGUGGUCUCCUGACCCCCUUUGUCUCCAUGAAAAAGGUGACGGUCCAAUUGAGUCUUUUUGGAACUCUGCAACUCAAACGGAUCUGCUGUCGUUCCUGCAGACGCCCAGGGUUUCUCUGUCUGCAUUUGUGUCAUUCCUGCAGAGUGACCUCACAACCGUUUUACUAUUUUUUAAUUCCACGGCACAGCUGUUUAGCAGAGAAAGGGAAGCACGUGCUCAAUCCUGCCAUUGGUAGCUCAUUGACAAAAUUCCAGCCUUUUUAAAAAGGUCUUCAGCGGUCACUUUCAGCCUCCUCCUCUGCUAGACUGGGUUGAUGUAAACUAUCCAGAUGAGCUGAGUUUGCGUGGGCAACCUUCAGUCCAGCUUGGGAUAUAGUAUGUGGAGUAUCACUUUUGGAUCAGGCCAAUCUGUCUGCUGGAGUUUUAUAAUACUUUUUUAAAAAAUUAAUUUCGGGGGGGAAUAAAGAACCCAGGAACGGUUCGUGUUUCUAGCUUUUUGAUAGGGAUGUUAACUUUAUACAGAGAGGGAAGCAAAUUGCAAGUAAGGAAGGUUUGUCUGAUUUGGGCAUCCUUCAGGGGUGUGGACUUCAAUUCCCAGAAUUCUCGGCAGCGGCUGCAUCAGUUGGGGGCUUCUGGGGUUGAAAACUUUACACGGAAUGGGUGGAGUGAUGAGGAAGCCUGUGAGCAUCUCAUGCAAAGAUGAAUAAUUUUUUCCUUCUGGAGCUGGACUUUUACUUUGUGGAUCUUCAAGGGCCACGGGCAGCAAGGUUGCUGACAUGGCGAAGAAGUGGUUGGGCUUAAAUUUCCUGGCCUUUUUUAAUUUGUAAGCACGGGGGCUGGUUUAGGGUGGUUUAAAAGUAAAAGAAAAAGGAAAGCAGGUCAUUUAUUUUACCGCGUAACCAGACAAAAUGUGCAGUUAAAAACUGAUUUUUCUUCCCACUGUAAUUCGGCUUGGCCAUUCUGGUGGAGGGGCUUAAACCUGGAGCUGGGGGUUGAAUUUCUUGACUCUUCUGUACAGGAUUCUGGGUCUGUGUAAAUAGAAAGAGAGAAAGACAAAUCUAUCCCAUAUGAUUUCAUGUAAAUAAGGGGGAAGGUCUAUAUUCAGAGUUCUAUUUUAAUUUUUAUUCAAACAGAAUUUUUACUUGAAGAGGCAUAAGCUGAGUUGUUAAUAAAGUUGU